AAAUAACUGAAUUUUUAUCAAAUAAAUUAGCCAAUUUGAUUGAAAUUACUUCAUCUACCAGAAACGUAAAGUGUUACACCGUCCGUGUACUGGAGGCUCUCUAUUACAUAACAAUACUUUCACUUAUUCUGUCAAUGAGUAAUAAUGCCGAAGAAAGGUGAUGUAAUAUGGUUUGUGUAACAUUGGUGGGUUAGUGGCACAUGUUUUACAGCCUCAGGAAGUGCAAAAAGCGGUCAAUCUUGACUGUAGAACAAGUUGCUCUAACUUUGAGACACAUUUCGUCUAAAUCGGACUAAAAUCUUAUUACACCGUAAUUGCACUUUUGAUGCAUUAGGAACGGUUUAGUGUCUUGCUUGUGCAAUACCACAUUACUUCCUGGUCAUUGAAGACAAUUUAUGUAAUGUUCGAUUUUUCUGGGUUUAUUUGCGCGAUUGAUGGUAAAAAUCGCAGUAUUACCACAGGCGUUUAAAGAAAUUUAAAGAUUAGAGUGCGUAUUGCUGCAAUGUGUGAUUAGGGAAGAAGUGGAUGUUUCUCUAAAAGAAAGAAAGUCAGAUGCUGCAUAGCAAGUGGCUGCAGAAGAGGAAAAUAAUGUAACAUGUUUCGCAGUGGGGACUUCAGUCAGAUAUCGACUUAAAUUAACAUUGUGUGCAAAAUUACGUUCAGUGUGCCUUUAGCACGUGUGUCCGCUUGAAAAGUGCCACACUGGUUUGGAUGACAUUUCCGUAAUCGAAUAAAACAAUUAUAAAACAGGGACAAUCUCUUUAUGGUUCAAAAUUAAUUAUUUGAAUAAAAAUAAAAAAAAAAUGUCGGACCGCAAAUGGGUAACAGAACCCGACGAAUAUAUUUGCACACUCUCUGAGGAACUGCAGACCAUAGCAAAGGAGGAGCUGCGUGAGGACAAGCACAGCCGCCAAACCGCGCUGGCCUCCAUGCGAGACUGGAUCAAGCAGAAUCCUCGGAUCAAAAACUGCAGAUUAGACGCGCGCUUUUUGUUACGUUUCCUCCGAUUUAAAAAAUUCAGUGUUACUUUGGCACAAGAAGCUUUGGAACGCUACGUGCUCUUGAGACAGACUUUCGGAGUAGCGUUCAAUUGUCUAGACAUUACCAUACCUAUGAUGGAAGAUCUUACCAACCGUGGAUACCUUUUUGCCUGCCCUAAAAGGGACAGCAAGGGCAGAAGGGUUAUCAUUGCACGACCAGGUGUGUUUGAUCUGGAGCAGUUCACACAAGGUGAUAUGUGCAGAAUACAUGGGAUAGUUUACGAAACUCUAAUGGAAGACGAAGAGAAUCAAAUCAGAGGCUUCGUACAUUUUGCUGAUGGACAGGGUGUUGGAUUCUCGUACCUUACUUUAUUUACCAUUAAAGAAGCAGUGCGCAUUGUAAAAAACGGAGAGAAAACAUUGCCCAUGAGACACAAGGAAGUCCACUGUAUAAAUGCCCACCCUUCAAUGAAAUUCGCCCUCGAUUUUGGCAUGUCCUUAAUUUCCGAAAAAAUUAAAAAACGUGUCAGACUUUACACAAAUCUUGAGGAGGCCCUUGAGUCCGGUUAUUUAGAACGAGACGUUUUACCGAAAGAAUAUGGAGGUGAAAUGCCAAUGGCCCAAAUGAUAGAACUUUGGAAAAAAGAACUCGAAAAAUCGCACCCAAUUUUAAUGUCCCACGAUUUGAUGGAAGUGGAAGAAAGCUUAUUCAGUGCUAAGGCGAAAGAAGGGGCCGUUUCAGCUCUAAAAAGGGGUGGAGUAGUUAAUUGUGGGUCUGAAGGCGAUUCUCUCUGUGGGAUUACAGGAAAUUUCCGAAAAUUAGAAGUAGAUUAAAUAGGCUUAUUAUUUGAAGGCAAAAAUUAUAUUUUAUUGAAUAAAAAAUUAAAAUUU